AUGGAGGCAUUCUCAAGCAUAAGGGAUGAAAACGUGGACGUGGUGGAGGAUUUGGUGAAGCGGCAGCCAAUCGCAGUGGUACACAUGACUCCCAUCAUAAUGGAGAUGUUCAGUGAGCAGGACUUGUCCCGACUUUCAGAAGUGGAGCUGUGGAGUUUUGGUGGUGAAACUAUCUCCGAAUCCACCCUGGAGUUUAUGAUUCGCCAGGGGCAGCAACUGGUUCAGCUUUAUGGGCCUACUGAGGCCACCUGUUACCAAACAUCGCUAAAGAUGAAGAGAGGACACAGCGCCACUUGUUUGGGUCUGGCCAUCCCGGGACUGCCGCAUGGUCUCUGCUCAUUCAGCAACCCGUCUGUCAAGCGGAAGGACCUAGGACAGUUCUACUGCAGUGGGGAAAACCUUGCUAGAGGAUAUAUUUCAGCAAGUAAUCAGGGAUUUGCCGUUAAUCCAUUUCGAAACGAUUGA